ACCGAGUAGAGCCAAAGACGACUCCAAGAAGCCAAAAGCAAAGACCGAAAAAGCCAGAAAGAAAUAUAAAGAGAGAGAAAGAAAGAGCAAGAGAGUAUUAUUAUAGAUCAGUACUACUGGAAAUUUGGUAAAGGCGAAGAAGAAGAAGGAGAAAGGAAUCUAGGGCUUGUGAUCCGCCGAAGUCGGAAUGGCGAGUCCGCGGUCGGCGAGGACGACGACGCCGGGCUCCGGUAGAGCCUUGUCGAUAACGCCGGGGGCGAGAGUAUUGCAGAGCCCGGUGAGUGACGAAGCGAUCUGGAAGCGGCUGAGAGAGGCUGGGUUUGAUGAGGAGUCGAUUAAGCGCAGAGAUAAGGCUGCGCUCAUUGCUUAUAUUUCUAAGCUUGAAGCUGAGAUUUUCGACCACCAGCACCACAUGGGUCUUCUCAUAUUGGAAAAGAAGAGGUUGAAUGCUGAGUAUGAGAAACUUAAAGCCUCUUCUGAGACCGCUGAACUUAGGUAUAACCGUGAACAAGCUGCACAUGCAUCUGCUUUGGCUGAAGCAAGGAAGCGGGAAGAGAGACUAAAGAAGGCAGUAGGAGUCAAGGAAGAGUGCAUAGCAAGUAUUGAGAAGUCGAUGCAUGAGAUGCGUGCAGAAUCUGCUGAAACAAAGGUUGCAGCUGAGAGUAAGUUGGUUGAAGCACGUAAUAUGUUGGAGGAUGCUCAGAAGAAAUUCACUGAAGCUGAGGGAAAGCUACUCCUUGCAGAAUCUUUGCAAGCAGAAGCUUCUCGUUAUCACCGUGUUGCUGAAAGAAAGAUGGUAGAAGUUGAAGCUCGUGAAGAUGAUCUUAGGAGGAACAUUCUAUCAUUCAAGACUGAUUGUGAGGAGAAAGAGAAGGAGAUAAGCCUUGAGAGGAAAUCUUUGAGUGAAAGGCAGAAAUCCCUCCAGCAAGAACAGGAUAGAUUACUCGAUGCACAAGCCCUGCUUAACCAAAGGGAGGAUAUUAUAUUUGGUCGAUCUCAGGAACUGGAUCGACUUGAAAAAGAGUUGGAAGACCUAAAACUUAAUAUUGGCGAGGAGCGUAAGGCCCUAAAUGAUCACAAAUUUAAAGUGGAGCUGACUGAGACUUCUCUGGCUAAUAGAGAGGAGGCUUUAAAUAGAAGAGAGGCUUUGCUGAAUAAAAAAGAACAAGAGCUUCUUGUGUUUCAGGAAAAACUGGCCAGCAAAGAAUCAGAUGAGAUUAAGAAAGCUGUUGCCAUUCACGAAGUUGAUUUGAAAAAGAAGAAGUCUGAAUUUGAGGCAGAGUUGGAGGUGAAGCGCAAGCUGAUUGAAGCUGAAAUUGAAACCAAGAGACGAGCUUGGGAGUUAAGGGAGGUGGAUCUCAAUCAACGAGAGGAUCUAUUGCAGGAAAAGGAAUAUGACUUGGAAGUUCAGUUGAGGUCAUUGGUGGAGAGGGAAAAAGAGGUGUCAGAGAGGUCAAAUCUUGUUGAUGAGAAAGAAAAUAGUUUGAGAGCUGCCGAGAAGGAGCUUGAGCAGAAUAAUCUUCUUUUGCAAAAAGAAAAAGAAGAAAAUAUCAAACUGAAGCUAGAGCUGCAACAUUCCCUAGAUUCGCUUGAAGAGAAAAAGAAACAACUUGAAUUUUCCAGGCAGGAGUUUGAGGUUUUGAAAACUGAAACAAGUGAGCUUUCAGAUCUAGAGAUGAAACUCAAGGAAGAGGUAGAUUUGGUCAGGUCUCAAAAGCAAGAGCUGAUGGCUGAGGCAGAAAAAUUGGCUGCAGAGAAGGCCAAGUUUGAAUCUGAGUGGGAAUCACUUGAUGACAAGAGGGAAAUGCUGCGGAAGGAAGCAGAGUGUUUAGCAGAGGAAAGGUUAGCAUUCUCCAAGUUUAUCAAAGAAGAGCAUGAUAACCUAAAACAGGAGAAGGAUGAAAUGCGAGAUCAGUACAAGCGUGAUGCUGAAUCACUUGUUGUUGAGCGGCAAGACUUCAUGAAUAACAUGGCCCGUGAGCGGUCUGAGUUAUUCAGCAAGCUACAGCAAGAACGUGCUGAUUUCUUGCUGGAAAUUGAUACGAGGAGGAGGGAAUUGGAGGACUGUAUUGACAAAAAACAUGAGGAGUUGGAAUGUUCUUUGAAAGAAAAAGAGGUGGUGUUUGAGCAAGAAAAGAAGAAUCAACUCGAGUAUAUUAGGUCUCUCAAUGAAAAAGCUGCAAAAGAGAUGGAAGAGGUUGCUUCAGAAAGGAAAAGACUUGAAACUGAGAGAGUGGAGAUAAAUGUAGAUCGUGAGCGAAGGAAUCAAGAAUGGGCUGAGCUGACUAAUUCGAUUGAGGAACUAAAGAUUCAGAGGGAGAAGCUGAAGAAGCAGCGGGAAUUAUUGCAUACAGAUAGUGAAGAGAUUCAUCGUCAAAUUGAACAGUUGAAGGAAUUGGAGAGUUUGAAAGUUGCAUUAGAUGCUGAGGUGCAACGAUCUGAUUCCAUGCCUGGCGACCCAGAAACUUCUACAAGAUAUUUGAAGCAGGCAACAUCAGUAAAUGAUGAUCCUAAUUCACAUGGUAAAUUAAAUGUCGCCAACUCUAGCAACCCAUCUGUGCUGAAGGCAGUGUUUUCUCCUCCCAGUUCUGCUCGUUUCACUUGGUUAAAACGCUGCACUGAAUUGGUUUUCAAACAGUCUCCUGAGAAGCAACAAUUGAAGUAUGAAGAAAGUCCUGUGAUCUCUCAAAGAGAAACAGGCUUGAAGGUAACUGAACAGAUGAAGAGAUCAAGUAAAUCUAAUGGGCAUAGUAGGUACUUGGGAAAUGGUCAUUCAUCGAGAGGUUUUAGCAAGAGGCCGAAUGCUUUUGGCGAACCAAAGGUGAUAGUUGAAGUGCCUGUUGGUGAGAAUGUAAAAGCAACAAAUGAUUCUGAGCAUGAAUCAACCCAUGAUUCUGAAUCUGCUGGUGAAAGGCGUGCCUCCUUAAUGUCUGAUAAGGUUGUUCCAGGAGGAAGGAAAAGAAGAGUUGAAAAGUCUUAUUCCGAUGACUGUUUUGAUCCACUACUUGAGACUAGCCAGAAUAUUAAGAAAAGGAGGCAAGAUGUUGGCACUGUGGACUCAUCAGAACAUGCCAUUACCCCCUGCAUCGAGUCAACCCAGACGAAAGUUGUAGAGCAGCAUCUUGUAUCAUUGUCAUCUGAUCAAAUUUAUGAAGGUGCUUUAGAGGACAGUGUUUUAGUUGUAGAUAAAGUCAUAAAAGUUUCGGAAGUGAUUUGCGAAAGAACUGAGACACAAAGUUUUACCAACGAGGGAAGUUUUGCCAACGAGGACAAUAUAGCCACACAGAAUUCUGUUGGGGAACCACAACAUGAAUCGAAUGGUGUCUUAACCUCUGACCCCAAGGCUCAGCAAAAGAUGCAAGAGUUAGACUUGGGGAAUGUUGGACUAGUUAAUAACGAUCAUCAGCUCCAAGAGAAAGAUAUAUCUAAAAAGCACUUGCAGGCCGUGUGAGAUGAUAUCCAACAUAUGUACAGAAGCUUAGAUAUGAAAAGAUCAGUUGGCAAGCAGGCAUUGUCAGAUGUGCAUUACUCAGCAACAGUUCUCAACAUUGGUAGAGGCUCCGUUUGCAUGGCCUGUAUGCUGGAUUGGUUAGUUAUGUAAUUGACUUAGCUUAAAGUAGUGAUUUAGGAGGAAUUUGUGUUUGUUUGGUUCAUCGAGUAUGACAUUUAAAAAGGGUUUCUUUUAGGGCAAACCCAGUGGAGUGGUGUGUUGGCAUAUUUUGUAUUAUGGUUUAUCACUUUAUCUUGUCUCUGCGAAUGCUCAUGGGUUGUUUGCUUAUUUGAGAUCCGGCGACAUCUUUAUUCUUGCAGAGGGUAAAGUUCAGUUAUCUCG